GGGGGCAGAGAGGGGCUGAGGCGGCGGGACCUUGACGGGACAAUGGCGGCGCUAACGGCCUCUCCUCAGAGUCGGAGGCAGUUGCGGGGGCCCCGCGGAAGUUUUUGCUGUUGGGCGACUUCGCCGACGUCGAUGACGGCAGUGGUUGGGCUGCUGCUUUUUCUCCUCCUCCCUGAGGCGACAACGGGUUUACAGUGUUUUUGCCUUCAUUGUACAAAAGAGAACUUUACAUGCACAACAGAUGGGCUCUGCAUUACUUCAGUAACACGGAAGGGAGACAAAAUUGUACGCAAUAGUAUGUGCAUAGCAGAAAUUGAUCUGAUUCCCAGAGAUAGGCCAUUUGUUUGUGCCCCCUCAACAAAUGAAGGAGGUUCUACAAUGCCUCAUUGCUGUGAGAAAGACCUCUGCAAUAAAAUAGACCUCCCAAUUCCAACACCAGGUCCUAUUCCAGGAAAGCUUUCUUCUAAUCUAGGACCAGUAGAAUUGGCUGCUGUCAUUGCUGGGCCUGUUUGCUUUGUUUGCAUCUCACUCAUGUUGAUACUAUAUAUUUGCCAUAAUCGUACAGUCAUACAUCAUCGUGUUCCAAGUGAAGAAGAUCCUUCAAUGGAUCGUCCUUUUAUAUCUGAGGGAACUACUUUAAAAGAUUUAAUUUAUGAUAUGACUACGUCUGGCUCAGGAUCAGGCUUACCAUUACUUGUUCAAAGAACAAUUGCAAGAACAAUUGUACUACAAGAAAGUAUUGGAAAGGGUCGGUUUGGCGAAGUCUGGAGAGGAAAAUGGAGAGGAGAAGAAGUUGCAGUGAAAAUUUUCUCCUCAAGAGAAGAACGUUCAUGGUUUCGUGAGGCAGAAAUCUAUCAAACUGUUAUGCUACGCCAUGAAAAUAUACUUGGGUUUAUAGCUGCAGACAAUAAAGACAAUGGUACAUGGACACAGCUCUGGCUGGUGUCAGAUUAUCAUGAGCAUGGCUCGCUCUUUGAUUACCUAAACAGGUAUACAGUAACUGUGGAAGGAAUGAUAAAACUUGCUUUGUCUACUGCGAGUGGACUUGCACAUCUUCACAUGGAGAUUGUUGGCACCCAAGGAAAACCAGCUAUAGCUCAUAGAGACUUGAAAUCAAAAAACAUAUUAGUAAAGAAAAAUGGAACAUGCUGUAUUGCAGACUUGGGUCUGGCAGUAAGACACGAUUCGGCUACAGACACAAUAGAUAUUGCACCAAACCACAGGGUGGGAACAAAAAGGUACAUGGCUCCUGAGGUACUUGAUGAUUCCAUAAACAUGAAGCAUUUUGAGUCUUUCAAAAGAGCAGAUAUUUAUGCAAUGGGAUUAGUGUUCUGGGAAAUAGCUCGCCGAUGUUCAAUUGGUGGAAUUCAUGAAGAUUACCAAUUACCCUAUUAUGACCUAGUCCCUUCUGAUCCUUCAGUUGAAGAAAUGAGGAAAGUUGUUUGUGAACAGAAGUUACGACCCAAUAUUCCAAACAGAUGGCAGAGCUGUGAGGCAUUACGAGUAAUGGCCAAAAUUAUGCGGGAAUGUUGGUAUGCCAAUGGUGCAGCAAGGCUAACAGCUUUACGCAUAAAGAAAACACUGUCACAGCUCAGUCAGCAAGAAGGCAUAAAAAUGUAGUCUUGGAGGUGAUACGGAAGCAAACUUUUAAAGGUCCAUAUCUGCACCUGAUUUGUGCAUUAAGAAGGCUAAUUGUUCUACCUCAUUGAGGGAACAGAAGGAUAUUGCUGCCUUACAUACAUAGGAAGUUCAGUUAUUAGCCCAGGAUUUCUAUAAAUGCAGUAAACAGUUGUACAGAUUCUUAUUGUGCACUAUGAACACCUCUUUCCCACGGCACUAGUCUAGCUUCAGUAAUAUGUAACUCAAUUCUUCAAGGGUUAACAAUGGUCUCUGUUGUGUUGAGAACAUGAAGAUCAUGCUUAAGAUAGUGGAACUGGCGCACACUAUUUAUUGCAUUGAAGGAUGUCUUGAAAGUUUUUAAGCUAUUUGCUUUGCUCAUGAUGGUACACUGUAUAUUCUGAACCACUCUUGGCUUAUUCUCAUCAGAUUGUGUAGUCUUUUGGCUACUAAGACACUACUAUUGGACACUUUUUAUCAGGAUCUACAGACAUGACCUCAUUCAGCCUGGAGAAACAUAUACAAUAUAUGCAAUUAUAUUUUGUACUAUAUUUCUGUUCUUUCACUUCAGAACAUUACUUGCCUUGUACAUUGUACUGUACCAGUUAGUGCCACUUUUGAAUCUUCUGAAUCUUAAUGCAAUUCUGUAGGGACAUGCAAAGACUUUGGUGCUUAUAGAGUGAUACUAAAUAAUAUGGCUCUUAGCUAAAAUAGGAUUUCAUAUUUGCAUGUGAAAUUCCUUUCUUUUUACCAAAAACUCUUAAUUCUGAAGACUGUAGGAACCUUAAGUAUACAGAUUUAUUCAAUGCUACCACAGUUGUAUGUCACAAUGAAUUGUGGUGUCAAAAGUGGCACUUAACUUUUAAUGACUCUUAUAAAAAGCACUUCAAGGUUCUUUUUAAAUUUGAUAUGAGGACUAAUCUGUUUGAAAUAAAAUUUAGCUCUCUAAUGCCAUCUGUGGGGGGAAAUGUUAUAUGUUCCAAGAAUAUUGCUUUGCUAAAUUAUCCGAUCCCAGAUUUUCCCAGGGUGAUCCACAUGUGAAAAUAAUGCAUGUGGAUAGCCUUACUGGAUGCAGUCUACAUGUGCAAAAUGGGAGUUUUCCUAGCAUCUGGGGCUGCUAUGUAGCCACACAUCUCUUAACAGAUGGUUGGCACUAUUAGUUCUAACUGUACCAUUGUCUAAGUUUGGGGAGGGACUGAAUCUAGGCCUUCCCCCCUCCCCUUUAAUAGGUGGAGCUGUUGGAACCCUCUAUACUGGCCAUCUCCAGCUGAGGCAAGAGCCUCAGAUUCAGCUGUGUUUGCACAGCCCAAGGCUCUCCUUGAUGGUCUGGCUUGAGACCUCCAUCUGUUAAGUGGCAACUGGAAACCUCUAAGCCAUUUUUUUUUAAUUUUCCAGCAUAUCUGACACAUACAAUUAAUUAGAAAACUUGGAUGCUCACUACUGAGUUUAGUUCUACAACAUAGAAAAAAAAUCCAAAUUAUAAUAUCUUGCGCUGACACCAAGAACACUGAAAAUAUGUACAAUAUUUGUGUUUCAAGGUGUACUUUGAAUGUCUCUUGCCUUUAUUCAACUCACAUAUGAAUUAAAAAUUAAGUUCUGCAAUCGUUUUUUACAGGAAGGCAGAAAAAAUAAUAAACAGUAACUGUACAGCAGUUGUCUUUCGUCUUGACUAUCCAUAAUUCCCUCAUGCUAAAAUGAUUUUUCUAUUAUAUUAUUAAAUAUCCAUGAUCUAUAACACAACAUGUAAAAGGAGACCACUGUAAAGUAGUUCAAAACAUGAGAGGUCAAUUUUUGAGCAGUUCUUAAAAUAGGCUUUGCAACAGGCAAACUGCAUAUCAUGAAAGUUGUACAUGGUUAUUUGUGGCUUUGGCUGUAACAUAAAUUUGAAUUUUGUUCAUAUGUUUUCCAUUGUUUGGCAAUGUUUUGUGAAUAAGUGUCUGCAUAUAUUACAUAGAGCUGCUUUUAUCUGUUGCCUGUAAAGUCAUAUAUGGAGUGGGCCUGGACAAAUCCUCUGAGGCUUUCCUUGGAUUGGUUUUCCUCCCCCAAAUCAGGAAAACUGGGGAAUGUCCAGAGCCAGUUUGAGUGUUUCAGAAGGUCCCCGCUUUUCUCCUUGCCUGUAUCCGCUGCUCUCUUAAGCCAACUCUUCUCAGCCACCAAAGCACCAUCCCAGUCUUCCUUUUUCUUUAUCUUCAGGAAGUGGGUGGGGAAGCAGCAAGACCAAGGUGAAGGAAGUAUUUUUUCUUCCUCUCUUCCUUUAUCCUCCCAGUGCACUGCAAAACUCUUCAAUGGUUAAAAGAUACCAAUUCUUAAGGAUCAACACUCUUAGUCCUGGUGCCCUAUGUUGGACACAGGAGGAAGGGAAGGGGAAGGAACGAAAAAUUAUACUCUCAUUGCUACCACCUCCCCCACUCCCCACUUGAAGGUAAAGUGAAGGGUAAAAAUGUGUUUUGGGAUCUGGAGCAGGGGGGAAUCCAGGAGCCCUUCAUCAACCAAGAUCUAGAUCCAAGCUGGAGGAGGGUGCAUGGAGGUUCAGAGAGGGUUGGGUGUUUUAAAAGCUUGCCUCUCUUUGGGAGCAAUGUUUUAAGAAUCAUGGAAGUUGAUUUCCGAUCUUCCGUGACAUGCUAAUAUAGAUCUUUUACCCAUGGAAGCAUUAUUAUUUUUAAAAGAUUAUAACAUUUUGUUCUUAAGAGUCCAGGGGACCAAAAUAUUUUAGCACUCUUAACAUCAAUGUUAUAUCAUUUCAAGGAUUUACCAAAAUAGUUUCUGGUAUAAUACGAUGCAAACUGUUGUAAAUCUUCACACCAUAGAUGUUUACUUGAUAAUGGGUUUUUAUAAAGACUUUUUUUUUUUAGUAAUACUAAAAUUGCUUUUCAGAUGAUGACGUAUGAGCAGAUCACUUACAAUGCUGCAUAGAAGGAAUGCUGGAACUCGUUAGGGACUCUUAAUCCUCGAGAGCUAGAUUUUUAUUGUGUAUUUCAAUUUGCCUGUCCAGAUUUUGGUAGCCUUUCACACUUUCAUGUGAAAGAGACUACUCUAACAAAAUAAUGAUUUGUCAGAUAAAUACCAUGAUUCCACAUUUUAGUUAUCUCCUUUUUUAUACUGUGCCAUUAAAGUGGUUUCAAUGGUAUUUCAGUGGUUUUACGUGUUAAAAAAAAUCAGUUGCUUUAAACUUAAAUUACCUCUUUAAAAGACCAAGGUACAUUUACCUCAUUGUGUGUAUAAUGUUUCAUGUUUUUUUCAAAACAUUCUCAAGGUUGGCUAUUACAUAUCAUUUAAAAUAUGUCUCUUCAAAUAUGGGUAUUAUAUUGGUAAGCCUACAACAUUGCUGGUACUGACUCAUCCAAAGCUCUGUGUGCUCUGUCACUUAGAACCUUUGUUGAGGUGGGCUUUCCUGUCGACUUUAGUGUUGGGGGGUGGGGGCUGCUGGGUGUACUUUGUGUGGAUGUAUGCACAGAGUGGCCUCUAAUAUAAAUUCACUGCUUGUGUAGGAGCUGUGUGUGUACAUUGGAGCAUCUGCAUAUUUAAACAGGGCUUGGAUUGAGCUGAUUGUAUCUUCUGCCCAGAUCGCAUACUUCAUUUCUGUAUUGUAUUUUUUGCAAAGAUGUUUGCUGUUUUGUCAAUGUAGCAUCAGCCCUUCCAGAGCUAUAUGGGUAAUGACACACAUAGAUUUUGUAUGAUACAUUUUGAGAAUCUGUACAAAUGUGUCACUUUUAAGCCUUACAGAAUUGUUCAUUUCCUCAUAUAUGCCUGAUAAUUAUGUAUUUGUAGAGUAUACAACAGAGAAUUGUAAAUGGUAGAAGAGUGAUGGUUAUUGUUGAGUGCUAACACUACAGUAGAAAAUAAUAAAGCAAUGACAGAUUUUUCUCUUUUUUUUUAGUA